AUGGCAACAUCGAGUUCACCUAUUACCCAAGUGUCCCAGACACCUAUACAAGCGAUAAGUCAACCUCAGCUGCUCACAAGGCUCUUGCUAGACCUCCGUGGAAAGAGAUAUGAAGUCGACCGUGAAACCAUCAUGAACCUCCCAGAGUCGGUGUUACUCUGUCUUUUCCCCAAUGGACUGGUUCUUAGUCGGCAGAGUAUGGCGUUGUCCGAUGGAGGAGAAGGUGAGGAGGAGGAGGAGGUUUAUGCUGUAGAUUUCGACCCCGACUGCUUCCAAUACGUCCUUACAUUCUUCAGAAAUGCCUCAGACACUUUCUACGGGUCGAAUGGGACGACACCUAGCAUCUACGCUUCUCAACAACACCUGCAAGAGUCACCCUCCGCCUCAGGAGAUUUUGGUGGACCCAAUCCUUCUCAGAACCCUUUACUUUCGAAGCAAGCAAUCAUUGUUCUUCGCGAGGAGUUGGAAUACUUCAGUAUCCCACCAAACGACUCGCCGCCGAGCACAGACCAGAACGGGGUAGCUGGUGAACCGUUGAUGGCGAUAAAAAGGCGUUGUGGAGAGUAUCUCAUGGGCAAGAGGAAUAUCUUCACGGCGCUUCAGAGGAAUGUGAACAAGGAAAACAAUAUUGCCGAACAACAUCUGAUAGACAUGCUCUGUAUGAGUGGGUUUGACCGUGAUGACGAGUGGGGAUUCAGGGCAUUGGAACCGUCGAGAUGUUGCAUAUCCUCAAUAGCGCUCGUUCUGCUCAAAACUGGGAUUGUACACCACCCCAGUGAGGAGAGACAAGUUGAGAUUGACCACCACCAGAUGGCUACUGCACAGAAGCUUCUAUUGUUUUGGAGGAAACCUGCCCGGAAAUGUUGGUGGGAUGGAUUGGACGUGGAACUGCCACCUACUGAGACCGAAGAAGCAAAGACGGUAAAAUUGUGGGCACGACGUGUAUGGACGUUGGAGCUCAGCCUGAUCUAA